AUGUAUCUAUCUAAUACUCAAAGAUCAAUAUCUCCUCAGAUAAAAAAGCAAGAAAUUAAUUAUGGUCAAAAUUAUACUCCUAAAAAUAUUCAAGAACGAAAUUAUUCUUCAAAUCAACAAGUUAAUCAACAAUAUUAUUAUUACCAAUAUCCAAAACAACAAUACUCUUCUCCACAAUUUAAUUCUAGUCCUAUUUAUACUACUCAUCAUACUCCACAAACACAAAACAUAUCACAUUGUAAUAAUUAUCAAUCUUCAGCAAAUAUUUAUCAAGAACAAACUCCUGUUUAUCAGAAUCUAGUAGUAAGACGACAUCUAACAAUGAAAAAUGAUCAACAAUAUCAAAAUACAAAUUAUCAUAGAACAAAUUCUUUACAAAUGUCAAGAGAAUCAAGAUGCUCUGGAAGUCAAAUUAUUCAACAUAAUCGUAUUAGAAAUUCACCAUAUUCAAGACCUCCUGAAGUCAAGGUAGUUCAAACAAAUCUUCAACAAUAUCAUGGUCAACAAAAUGUUAACCAAAGAAAUGGUUAUGUUUCUGAAAAUAUAUAUAAAAAUAUUCCUAUAAGGCAGGUUAAUAGUCAAAAUUUAACUCCUUCUUCAACAGAAAUACAAUGUAGUAAUGUCAGAAAACCAAUCAUUCAAGAAAGAACACUUCAUUUAGAUAAAUUAAAACAACAACAAUAUUUAGUUGGUGAACGUAAAAAUAUAUGUAAUAAUAGUGUAGAAUUUCAACAAAUUAGUACAAAUACUGCUAUAAAUAAUGCUUUGAAUAAUAGUGAAAUAAAUACAAAAACGAUCUUUAAUCGAUCAGGUGUAUCAAAAGAAAAUUUAGUUUCACAACAAGUUACCAAUAAAUUAUCUAAAAAUGUUGAAUUAAUUCAACCAGAUCCCAUUAUUCAAUACGAAGAAGCUAUAAAAAAAUUAAAGAAAAAUAAAGAAAAAAUAAAAACUCUUCUUGAAAGGCAACAAAUAGAUGGAAAGAUAACUGAUGCCAAAGAAAGAAUAGAAAGAUUAGAAAGAAUUCUUAAUUCACAGGAAAAAGUAUCAUUAAAUUUUAUUAAUAAAUUUGUCAAUGCAACUGAUACAAAAAUAAAAGAUGAAAAUUUAUGUAAAUCUGUUAUAGAUGUUUUUGAUAAUAUUGUUAAAGCUGGAGAUAAAUAUAAAAGUUUUCAAAUACCUCAUUAUGAUCCUUUUCAUGAAUUUAAAGAAAAGUUUCUAAGAUUACCAGAUUUUGAAAAAUGUAACAGUCUUGAAGAAAUUGACAAUAUAAUAUCAUAUAAUUUAAAAAAUAAUGAAGAAAAUGAGAUAAAGAUAGUUUAUGAAAAGUUUAAUAGUGAAGAAAAAAAUAAAAAUAUAUUGGAUGAUAACAAAAGAUAUUUCCAGGAUGAUAUUAUACAGGAGAUAGAUAAGACAACACAAAUAAUAACUGGAAAAGAUGAAACUAUAACAAAAGACCUUAAGUUAUGUGGUAGAUUUAAAAUUGAUCCUCAAAAUAUUCCUAUAUCUGAUCAUUGUCGUGAAAUUAAUGUUAUUAUCACUUUUGAUAAAAAUAAUAUUCCUCCAUUGUAUUUACUUAUUCCUGUAGAUUAUCCAAAAAGUGUAUGUUCAAUAGUUAAUCCUAAUUGUACUAAUGAAAUUAGAGAUUUAUCUCUAAAUAGAUUAAUUUCAAGAGUUGAACAAGCUCUUCCAUGCCUUUCAGUAUAUCGCAGAAUUCAGAAUAUUGCUAUUACCUGGAUGAAUUUAGCAAUGAAUGUAUAUUAA